AUGUCUGGCCAGAACAGCCACAACCAGAACGAGCGCAACCCUGGCAAUGAUGAGUCUGCCCAGGGUGCACCCCACCAGAUGAAUCAGCGCGGCUCUGCCUUCUCUUCCUCUCUAUUCAACCCCAACUACAGGGGCCCGCAAACCAGCAUGAAUGCGUCUGGUAUGGCAAAUCAGGCCCAGCCCUACAACACGCCUGUAUAUAACCAGGCCCCUGUUUAUGGACGUGGCUACCCCACUGGACGGGGUGGAUACCAGGGUCGCAGUGCUCCCAUGCCGCCUUACUCACACUCGCCCAACCCGCCCCCUCCUGGACAUCAUCAGCCUGGUUUCGCUGUCCAGCCUCAUCGUCCGCCGUCCAGUCAGCAGCACCCUGGAUCAGCAGCUAGCCACCCCGGCCCUGCUCGAUUCCCGUCUCCUACACCUCGCCACCAGCCUGGCCUGCCGCCUGCCCGUCCGCCACCGGCAACCUCUCUUCCAUCUCGUUCUACACAUGCUGCUCGCCCCGCCGCUGCUGGCCGCGGCACCAGGUCUUCAUCUAAGCCGUUUGGUGAGGAUGACUUCCCGUCGCUGGGUAGUCAGCCCCAACGCCAGCCGCAGCAAGCUCGUCACCGCCAGCAGCUUGAUGCUGAGGCUGAGCUUAGCGCCAGGAUGGCUUCUUACUCGAUUGAAGACCAGCCCAAGGGCGGUGCUGGUGGUCGCGGUGGCAGUGGCGGUCGUCCAAAGUUCGUGCCCUUCACGGACUACGACGUGAGCAGUGCCGCCCCUCAAGAGACCGGCCAGCAAAAGCCUAGCAGCAACGUCCUCCCUCCUCCCCGAACACGUCGCAACGAGGCUUUCCGCCUCCACAUCUCUGACUGCUACCGUGGCAAGAUCAUCUUCAUCGAUGAACUCUCCGGCAUCGACUAUAGCAACCACCCUGCUAUAGUCCGCUCCAUUGACCAUGCGACGAAGCAGAUCCGGUUCUUCAAGAAGUCGUCAUUCAAGGGCAUUGGCGGCUUCUUGAACAAGUACGGCGAGUACGUGAACCAGUCGCAGAAGCGCUGGCACGAGAAGCAGUGGUUGCUUGUGGAUGACGGCGUGACCAAGCCGCAUCAUGGCACUCCCCUUCUGAAGCUUGCCAAUGGAGAGAAAAUGCCGGAGAGGGGCAGUUAUGUUGACAUCCACGGAGAGUCAGAGCUGCACAUUGACUACUUCUCGAAGUACUCGAGAUACGGCGUCUUCCCAGACAUCUACUUGCCGGAGGACCAGAUGAGGCAGCUGGAAGAGUACUCAGAGUGGUACUUGGAGAAGGACGAGGAGUACAGGGCGGCGGAGGAGAGGAAGAAGAGACAGAGGUGGCAGAUGGACGGAUCGGCCGAUGUGGACGUCGGCGAUGUCUACGAGGACUCCGAGAACGAGGCUGAUGGCGAGUAG